CCCUCGGGAGCGCGGAGGAGCAUUAAUAAAUCUAUAAGCCGAGGAGGGAACUCUGGCGGGGCAGAGCGCACAGCUCCGGCGGUGCGUGGGGAUCGGCCGCGCCGGCGCCAGUGGCCGCAGCAGCAGCAGCACAACUGGCUCAAUACAUUAGAGGCCACCACGGAAGGGAGCCCGUGGUCCUCUCUCGUAAACACACUCCCCUCCACGGCCACCUCUCUCUCCGCGCUGCGCGCCGUCUUGCUUGGCGCCCGAGGCGGCUCCGAUUGCUAUGUGACCGCGAGGCUGCGGGAGGAAGGGGACUGGGGAGACGAGGCUUGCCCCCCCCGGAGCACCUGGGGGCCAAGUUUGCAGCCACUUCUGCGGGCUCCCCGUCUUAGCCCGCGCCCGCCCCUUCCUGCAGCCUAGCUGGCCCGGGGGCCCUUCGCUUCCUCGCGCGCCCAGCAGCCUCGGGUCCCGGCGACCAUGGUGACGAUGGAGGAGCUGCGGGAGAUGGACUGCAGUGUGCUCAAAAGGCUGAUGAACCGGGACGAGAACGGCGGCGGUGCGGGCGGCAGCGGCGGCCACGGCGCCCUGGGGCUGCUGAGCGGUGGCAAGUGCCUGCUGCUGGACUGCAGACCGUUCCUGGCGCACAGCGCGGGCUACAUCCGAGGCUCGGUCAACGUGCGCUGCAACACCAUCGUGCGGCGGCGGGCCAAGGGCUCCGUGAGCCUGGAGCAGAUCCUGCCCGCCGAGGAGGAGGUGCGCGCCCGCCUGCGCUCCGGCCUCUACUCGGCCGUCAUCGUCUAUGACGAGCGCAGCCCGCGCGCCGAGAGUCUCCGCGAGGACAGCACCGUGUCGCUGGUGGUGCAGGCGCUGCGCCGCAACGCCGAGCGCACCGACAUCUGCCUGCUCAAAGGCGGCUACGAGAGGUUUUCCUCCGAGUACCCAGAGUUCUGCUCCAAGACCAAGGCCCUGGCAGCCAUCCCGCCCCCGAUGCCCCCCAGCGCCACGGAGUCCUUGGACGUGGGCUGCGGCUCCUGCGGGACCCCCCUGCACGACCAGGGGGGUCCCGUGGAGAUCCUUCCCUUCCUCUACCUCGGCAGCGCCUACCAUGCUGCCCGGAGAGACAUGCUGGACGCCCUGGGCAUCACGGCCCUGUUGAACGUCUCCUCCGACUGCCCAAACCACUUUGAAGGACACUAUCAGUACAAGUGCAUCCCCGUGGAAGACAACCACAAGGCGGACAUCAGCUCCUGGUUCAUGGAAGCCAUCGAGUACAUCGAUGCGGUGAAGGACUGCCGCGGGCGCGUGCUGGUGCACUGCCAGGCGGGCAUCUCGCGCUCGGCCACCAUCUGCCUGGCCUACCUGAUGAUGAAGAAGCGGGUGCGGCUGGAGGAGGCCUUCGAGUUCGUGAAGCAGCGCCGCAGCAUCAUCUCGCCCAACUUCAGCUUCAUGGGGCAGCUGCUGCAGUUCGAGUCGCAGGUGCUGGCCACGUCCUGCGCCGCCGAGGCCGCCAGCCCGUCGGGCCCCCUGCGGGAGCGCGGCAAGGCCACCCCGACCCCCACCUCGCAGUUUGUCUUCAGCUUCCCGGUCUCCGUGGGCGUGCACUCGGCCCCCAGCAGCCUGCCCUACCUGCACAGCCCCAUCACCACCUCCCCCAGCUGUUAGAGCCGCCCCGGGAUCCCCAAAAAGCCACAGGUGGCUCCCAGCGGGGGUGGGGCGGCCGCGUGCGGGCAGCCGGUGGACACUGAGCAGCUGGGGGCAGGUGACCAAGCCUCUUCCCUGUGAGUUUCUCCUUGGCCGACCACGGGGCCAGCCAGACGGCAAUAAGAACUCUGACUCCAUAACACAGCACUCCAACCUAGAGCAAUAACCGCCGUCCCAGCGGCCAGGGAAGACCUUGGUUUGGUUUAUGUGUCAGUUUUACUUUUCAGAUAGAAAUUUCUUACCUCAUUUUUUUAAGCAGCAAGGCUUGAAGUUUAGGAAACCCACAGAUCCUGGCAAAUGUGCCCAACCAGUUUUAUUAAAGGGGGGAGGGAGGGAGGGAGAGAGGGAGGGAAAAGAUACAGAGAAAACAAGUUUGCCAGAAGUGCCUGGUUCUGUGUGCUUGUUGUCCCUUUUGUUGUCAUCGUCGUUGUCAUUUGUUUGUAGUUACGGGAAUUUUGUUUUUUUUUAAAAGAAAUCUUCGAGGACGUGGUUUUCAUUUCUGAGUCACCAACGGGUGAAUAAUUAUGCUUAAUAAUAAAUAAAAGUAUUUAUUAAGAAUUUCUUCAGAGUAUGUAAGUACAAGGAGUCUAGUGACCGUGAACUUAGGCUAUAUUUAUGUUGAUGUCCAACAGCGCAGCACAGUAGCAUGCAGGUGUCAAAGCAAUUAGGAAGUCAACGUCGUGUAGGUGUGUACAGGUAGCAUGAUAAUCAACUUGCAUUUGUUGCCACUGAAAAGCAGGCAGGAUGAGUGGGCAGAGAAAGAAAAAACUACUUUGUAAUUUGGAAGCUGGUUGCUAGGCACAUAGACCACCACCGAUGCAAUUUUAGACCACAAGGCAGCCUUUUCUCUCUCAUGAUCCAUUUGGUGGUUGGAGCAUCUUUCUCAUAGACUUGAGACUUGCCUAUUGUCCGAGAUAAAUGUCAUAUCUUAAUAACGGGCCCCUGGAAAGUUGAGUUCUAUUCAGAUUUUCCUACAUCAAAUCACUUGGCAAGGCCACUGGGGAGACCAGAUAUAACUAGAGGUAUCCCCAAAAUGAAUCCUUUUGUCAGUUGAUGUACCGUCUUUUCUGUUUUGCAGAAAUCAAAGGUUUGGGUUUUAGGGAGUUUAUCUGAGAUGAAUAUGCCACAAAAUUCUUGCAUUCUGAAAAUUCCUGCUUAGGUGAAUAUUUCUAAAGGCCCUCUUUUGAAUCAGAAAAGGGGAGUAGACCCCACAUGUCAGCAUCGGGGGCAUGCGAUUGCCAUUUUGAAGUCUUCCUUGGGCCUUUCCAGAUGGAGGAAUGGCUUUGGAAAGAAGAAGAUGUGUUUUCUGGGGGGGAGGGCUGGGAGAGGGAGGAGGGAACAAGCCACUUGUUAUUUCAUUUGUAGUAUUGUGGGACAGUGUUGUCACGGAGUGCCAGAGUAGAGGUGAUUGCAAACUUGUCUAGAAAUGAGAGCAUGUUUUUUAAAGCCCUUUGAGACUGUAGAUCUCAACAGACAUUCUUGCUCACCCAUAAAUAAUGUCAAGCUUCAACGUCAGUCGUGUUGGAAUGCUCUUUCUCAUCCGGCAUCCCAGACAGGACCGGGUUGGUCAACUUUCCUUCCACGAACCAUGAACCUGCGUCAGCAUGAAGGGUCCUGACUUUCUCAGGUCCUGCCCUUAGGUGAGGCCCGAGUUUCCUGCAGCCUGUUUUUGGAAAAGCCAGAGGCUGCCUGCUUCCUCUGGGAUCUGCUCCGCUGAAUGGUUGAAGGGUGAGGCAUGGAGGGGUUGGGUUCCCAGACAAAGGGACCCAUUUAGAGACAGCACAGUUGGACAUUCCUGCUUUUUCCUUGAUUCUUGGAAGCCAGGUGGGUUCUGCAGCUGAAAAAGCCCCAGGUUCCAGCAGCGGGUAGGCGUGAACGAAGGGGAAGCUUGGGCGGAGAGGGAAGGUGGGCUGCAGAACACAUUCGCUUUUUAUAGAAUGAGUGUACAUUUGCCAAAACUGUCCUGCUUUCCCGGACUGGAUUCCAGCCACACAGACAGUCGGAACUGAGGACUUAGCUCCAGAUACAGCCUUUCCCCGCUUUCCGAUUCCAGUCCUCUAUCACCGUGUCAAACAGCUAUUUAUAAAGCCAUUUCCUCUGUACUUGAUGACAACAUGAGUCCCAAAACUUGGAAAUAAAACAGGACAUUGGCUUGAUUGGAAGAGGGGGACUUACUUAUUGUUAUUCUCCCAUCAGAAGCCUCUUGGAUGACUUAGGAUAGUUCUGAUGAAUACACCACUGCAGGGUCAGCCCAGAGGGUCCGCGAGUUUCUGUGGGCAUCACCACCCCCUGGAAGUGAUGGGACAUUUCUGUAAUUGAUGCUCCCACUGAUCAUCAGCUUUGCUGUUGGCCACGAAAGGCAGGAUGCUCAUGGGUUUUUCUAUGGAGAAGGAAGAAUGCUGGGACUCCUUCCCGGAAUCUCAUCUGACCCAGGGGGGGUUGUGCAGGAGGCCUGGGGGAGACGCACCAAGUUUUCCUGCCAAGCAGUAUUGGGCGUGGGGUGGGGGCGGCAGGUCCCAGCUUUAGUCAUUCCCUCCCGAGAACAUUUUGCUCAGUUGCUCGUUCCAGCUGGAUUCCUGAGAGUUUUCAAGUUGGGGAAGCCCUGAGAAAAAAAUUUCAAUCCUUGGGAAGGUGGGAAGAGGGAAGUAGGAUGUACUAGAUUCGAAUCCAAGGGGGAAAGGGAUGGGAAUUGGGAGUUGGCCACCAAGCCUGUGGUGGUAAAGCCGUGACUCAGCCUUAGGGUCACCUGCGGAGCUUUCAGGGUCCUGCCAGCCAGGCUAGCCCAGACCAAUUAGACCAGCAGGUCUGUGGGUGGGACUCGGGCAUCCGUGUGUUUCAAUGUUCCCCGGGUACUUUCCAUACACCGCCGUGUUUGGGAAACCACUCUGCUUUCUAGCUGCCAAGGUGCAGUUGGAGGCCGGGUGUGAUAGCUCAGAGGUAGCUUGUCUUGGAGCAGCCACAGUCAAGGUUUUGUCGCUGGCUCAGCUGGUCUCACGGACACUCCCAGCCCUGCUGAGGGACAAGGUGGUUUCUCCUGGGAGUUCCUGAAUGGGGCGUCCUCCCAGGCUCCUUGUAAAGCCAGCUGAUUUGUGGAGUGUUGUUGGGGGACUCAGUAGUGUGUGGAUGUUGAUGUUUUCCCUUGAAACUGUCUUGUCCAUCCAUAAAGAUGGAGGGAGUCUCCUCUCCGAAGGCUCUCUCCCUCCCCCAGCACCCUGCCCUUCCUUAGAGUUUACCUGUCAUUCAAGGAAGAGACUUCUUAAGACAGCAAUGCAGUCAGUCCUUGUAACUCAUGUAAAUAGCCCCAUCUUUCAGAGUGAUGUCAUUUCUACAUUUGAUAUGCCUGUAUUUCUGUAGGAUGUAUAUAGUUUAGGGGAUUUUUUUUUGUUUGUUUGGUUUGGUUUUCUAGAAAAGUCAACAUGUAUGUUUUUAUUUAUUGCUUGAAAAAGAUCAUUUGAAGAAAAAUAAAUACAUUUUCAACCA